GGUUCACUAGACACUGCCCCAAAAAUUCCCUCAGGCUCUAAGGAAAUGGCAUCUGAUUUCCGUCCUUGGGAUGAGUUAUUUAUAACGGACGCUAUUGGAGAUAUCUUUUCAAGGCUUUCUUUCGAAGAAAAAAUGAAUGUGAUCCCCUUGGUAUGUAAAUCCUGUCACCAAGGAGCAAAGAGACCAUACCAUUGGCAAGAGAUAGAAAUUGAAGAUUGGAGCAGCCGUCAUGAGCCUGACCAAAUUGAUCGGAUGGUUGAAAAGAUGGUUAUGAUAAGCAAUGGAUCCCUAAAAAAGUUUUGUGUUUCUGGAGUUCAGAGUCAAGAGGUUUUGAUGUUGAUCGCGGAAAAUGCUGGAUCCCUCCAAACUCUAGGGUUGCCAAGAAGCAACCUAAGUGAUUCUAUGAUGGAAGACUUUUCUUCGAAGCUCAAAUUGAAAACUUUCUUAGAUGUGAGCUAUUGUAUCCGAAUUGGCUCUCAAGCGCUGGAGACCAUCGGGAAGAAUUGCAAGCAGCUUGAAGUGUUGCGACGGAACAUGCACCCAAGUGAUACAUUCGGCAAGCCCUUGAAUGAUGAUGAGGCAUUGGCAAUUGCCUCAAACAUGCCAAAGUUAAAGCGUUUGGGAUUGACCUACAAUCUGAUGACCAAUACGGGCAUUCUUCAAAUUCUAUCAAGUUGUCAUGAGCUUGAACAUUUGGACCUGAGGGGUUGCUCGGGUGUUAAUAUUGGCGAUAUCUUUGUCAAUGAGAAUCAUCCAAGGCUCCAGGUUCUAGGGCCUCAUGUGGAAGAUAUCGACAUGGGGGAUGAUGAUGAAGAGGCCUCUGAUGACUCGGAAUUGGAACAUCUUAUCAUUGAUCUAGAGGAUUGGGCUGUAUACUCUGAUGGAGAGCUUCAAGGUGAAGAAGCUUCGGAGACUAGUGAUGAUGAAGAAAGUUAGGACGGGGAUAACGAAGGACCUGGAGAUUCUAGAUCUCAUGAGCCUCCUUCGUCUUCAUAAAUCUUAGUAUUCCUUGUGAAUGGCUAGAUUUUAUGUUGCAUCUAGAUGUUAUGUUUAAACGUUUUUGUAUAAUAAUUAAUAAAUACAGAAAGUAUUUCUUAGUA